AUGUCAAACACCGAGAUCAACCAGGUUCUGGCCAAUUCGCUGUCUCCAGACGCGACAUUGCGCCAUGAUGCCGAACAACAACUCUCACAAGCUGCUGAAAACAACUUUCCCCUAUAUCUCGCCACGCUAGUACAAGAGCUUGCCAACGAUUCAGCGCAAGGCCCCAUUCGAGCUGCUGCCGGUAUUGCCCUGAAAAACGCCUUCACCGCCCGAGACUUCGCGAGACACCAAGAACUCCAAUCCAAGUGGCUACAGCAGACGGACGAUGACACGAAAAACAGGGUUAAGGAGCUUACUCUCCAGACCCUCGCGUCAUCCAACUCCCAAGCUGGCAAUGCCGCCGCUCAAGUCAUCUCCGCCAUCGCGGCCAUCGAGCUACCGCGGAACCAGUGGGCCGACCUGAUGACCAUCCUCGUUAAGAACGUCAGCGACGGCGCUCCCCAUCAGAAGCAGGCUUCCCUGACCACUAUCGGCUACAUCUGCGAGUCCCAAGACCCCGAACUGCGAGCCAGCCUCAUCAGCCACUCCAACGCCAUUCUCACAGCCGUCGUCCAGGGUGCGAGAAAAGAGGAGGAGAACCUGGAAGUUCGCCUCGCCGCCAUCACCGCCCUUGGUGAUUCCCUAGAGUUUGUUGGUAACAACUUCAGGCAUGAGGGCGAGCGAAAUUACAUCAUGCAAGUCGUGUGCGAGGCUACCCAGGCCUCCGACUCUCGCAUCCAGCAGGGUGCUUUCGGUUGCUUGAACCGAAUCAUGGGUCUCUACUACGAUAACAUGCGCUUCUACAUGGAGCGUGCCCUCUUUGGCCUCACCAUUCUUGGUAUGAAGGCGGAAGACGAGGAUGUUGCGAAGCUCGCUGUCGAGUUUUGGAGCACGGUCUGCGAGGAGGAAAUCAGCAUAGAAGAUGACAACGCGACUGUUGAGAGUUCUGAUCAGAUCCGCCCCUUUUACAACUUCGCGAGAGUCGCCGCCAACGAAGUUGUGCCCGUUCUCCUUACGCUACUCACCAAGCAGGAUGAGGAUGCUUCGGACGACGAGUACAACAUUUCCCGAGCUGCUUACCAAUGUCUGUCGCUCUAUGCCCAGGCUGUUGGCUCUUCCAUUCUUACCCCCGUCCUCCAGUUUGUCGAGGGCAACCUACGAAACGACGACUGGCAUAACAGGGAUGCCGCCGUUUCCGCUUUCGGUGCUGUGAUGGAGGGCCCUGAGGAAAAGGUCCUCGAUCCCAUUAUCAAGCGGGCUCUGCUUCCCUUGAUUGCUAUGAUGGAAGACAGCUCGCUCCACGUCAAGGAUUCGACCGCCUACACACUGGGCCGCAUUACGGAGGCGUGCCCCAGCGCUAUUGACGCGUCAACUCACCUUGAGCCCCUUAUCCAGUCUCUCUUCAACGGUCUUACCAACUACCCCAAGAUGGCUGCGUCGUGCUGCUGGGCGCUUAUGAACUUGGCCGAGCGAUUUGCCGGCGAACCCGGUGCCCAGACUAACCCGCUCACGCCCCACUUCAACAACAGCGUCACCCACCUGCUGAACCUUUCCGCCCGCAACGACUGCGACUCGGCGACCCGUACUGCUGUGUACGAAGUCCUCAACGUCUUCGUCCAGAACGCCGCCAACGAGAGCUUGCAGGCUGUGGCCUCUCUCUCCGACGUCAUCCUUAAGAGGCUUGAGGAGACUGUUCCUAUGCAGACCCAGGUAGUCAGCGUUGAGGACAAGAUUACGCUUUCCGACAUGCAGACCAGCUUGUCGAGCGUUCUCCAAGCCAUUAUCCUACGCCUCGACAAUGAGAUUGCCCCCCAGGGCGACCGCAUUAUGCAGGUGCUCCUUCAGAUCCUCAGCACUGUGGGUGGAAAGUCGAGCGUUCCCGAGGCUGUGUUUGCCGCCAUCAGCGCUCUUGCGACAGCGGUAGGCGAGGACUUCUUGAAGUACAUGGAGGCCUUUAGCCCAUUCCUGUAUAGCGCGCUCGGCAACCAGGAUGAGCCCGGUCUCUGCUCCAUGGCUAUUGGCCUCGUCAGCGACAUUACUCGAUCCCUGGGCGAGCGCAGCCAGCCUUACUGCGACAACUUUAUGAACUAUCUCUUGAACAAUCUUAGGAGCACCAGCCUUUCGAACCAGUUCAAGCCUGCGAUUCUCCAAUGUUUUGGUGAUAUCGCCGUCGCCAUCGAGGGCCACUUCGAGACCUACUUGCCCGUUGUCGCCCAAGUCCUCCAGCAGGCGUCGAGCGUUACUGCCUCUCCCGAUGGCCCGUACGAGAUGUUCGACUACGUCGUCUCCCUACGCGAGGGUAUUAUGGACGCUUGGGGCGGCAUUGUCCCUGCUAUGAAGGCCAGCAACAAAACUGGUGUCCUUCAACAAUUCGUGCCGUCCAUCUUCAACCUGCUCCAGAUGAUUGCGGAUGAUCUCAAUAGAAGUGAGGCUCUCAUGCGAUCGGCCAUGGGCGUCAUUGGUGACCUUGCGGAUGCUUACCCCAACGGUGAGCUUGUCGAAGCCUUCCGCCAAGACUGGCUCACCACCAUGAUCAAGCAGACCAAGUCGAACCGCGACUUCCAGCCCCGCACCAUCGAGACUGCCCGUUGGGCCCGCGAGCUGGUCAAGCGCCAGCUGGGUGGCCAGGCCGGAACGAUGCAGCAGACAUGA